UUCACAAAUCCCCUCAUGAAUCCCAAUGGCAGCGAUCCCUUCAUAGUAUAUAAUCAAGGGUACUACUACUUGACUAUGACAACAUGGACCGAUAUCCAGAUCACGCGAUCCAAGACGCUUGAGGGGUUGAAGAACAGUGAACGGAAGACGGUCUGGAAGGACAACAAUAACACUAGAUACUGUUAG